AUGUCCAAGCAAUACAAAUAUAAACAGGCAAAAAUAACCGAAGAGUUCAUCGACGUAGACGACGAAAUUCAAAAUAGUACUCAACAAACUGGGUAUGCUUGGGAGGAAGAAUAUAAGCGUAGUUGGGACGUGCUACAGGAAGACGAGGAUGGUAGUCUGAAACGAACUGUCGAAAAUCUUCAACAUCGGAAAAGGAAAAGGCUUUUUCGAGAUACGGCAACGAUUCGACGUGGGAUAAUACGACACAUGUUCUUGAUCGUUGAUCUUUCCGAAGCAAUGAUGGAGAAAGAUCUUCGUCCAUCUCGAUUAGAUCUAACUCUUUUAUAUGCUGAGCAAUUUAUUCUAGAGUAUUUUGAUCAAAAUCCGAUUUCUCAACUUGGCAUAAUUGUAACAAAGGGAGGCUAUGCAGAAAAACUUUCCGAUCUGACUGAAAUAUUGAUCAUUAUGGGAUCUCUUACAACCUGUGAUCCGGGAGAUAUUUACGAUACAAUAGAUAAUUUGGUAAAUGAAAAUAUUCGUGUUUCAGUAGUUGGAUUAGCCGCUGAGGUACAGAUAUGUAAACUCAUGUGCAAAAAAACCAAGGGUACGUAUGGAGUAGUGCUGAAUGAAGCACAUUUUAAAGAUUUACUCUUUGAAAUCAUACCACCGCCUCCAGUCUCAGCUACUCAAAAUAAAGCGGAAUUGGUUAUAAUGGGGUUUCCAAGUAGUGUUACUGAUGCAUCGCCUUCACUUUGUGCAUGUCAUUCAAAACCUACAAUUGGUGGCUUCAUUUGCGCUCGAUGUCAUUCAAAAAUUUGCGAUUUGCCAACGGACUGUCCGGUGUGUGAACUUACACUUGUAUCAAGUCCACAUUUGGCAAGAUCAUAUCAUCAUUUGUUUCCCAUAAAUAAUUUCGUAGAAGUUCCAUGGAACAAUAGUGUAUCUUCAACACAUUGCUUUUCGUGUCAAAUUCCUUUUCCACCUUUAUUAGGAGUACGUGGAGGUGCGGUACCUAUUGAAAAUAGCGGUCGAUAUAAAUGCAAUAAAUGCCAUCAACAUUUUUGCAUCGAUUGUGAUGUUUUCGUUCAUGAGGUUAUUCAUAAUUGUCCAGGAUGUCUGGCAACCACUCAUUAA